UUACUGCAUAUUUCUACCUCCAUUCGUAAUACUGGGCCUGCAUGGGCAACUUGGCAGUACCCCAUGGAGAGAUUAUGUGGGAUGCUAGUGCCAUUAGUGCAUUCCAAGCAACAUCCCUAUACAAACCUUCGAAACCAAAUUACUAUAUGGACUCAAUUCUCACAUCUUCAGUACAAA